UGCCGUGGCUCCAGUAGUGGGGUUUGGAGACUCACUGUUGGCCCUAGGUGAUCCUGAUUCCGUGUGAGAAAGGCGGCAGGGCUCAGACCUGCCCGCGAAGCAUUGUCUUCAAUAAUGAUAGAGGACGAACUGGCACUAUUUGAUAAAAGCAUAAAUGAAUUUUGGAAUAAAUUCAAAAGUGCUGUCAGUGACACCUCCUGUCAGAUGGUGGGGCUAAGAGAUACCUACAAGGACUCUAUUAAAGCAUUUGCAGAAAAGUUGUCUAUGAAGUUAAAGGAAGAAGACCGAAUGGUUGAGAUGUUUCUGGAAUAUCAAAAUCAGAUCUGCCAGCAGAAUCAGCGCAUUCAGGAAAAAAAAGAUAACUUGUUAAAGUUGAUUGCUGAAGUAAAAUGCAAAAAGCAAGAAAUGGAAGUAUUGACUGCAAAUAUCCAGGAUCUUAAAGAAGAAUAUGCAAAGAAAAAGGAAAUUUUUCCUUCCAACGUGAAUGAACAGAAGCCCCUUUUGUUAAGUAACAGAGCUAUUUCCACUGCUAACAAAGCUAAUGAAGAGAGGUUGAAAAGGCUGCAGAAAUCUGCAGACUUAUAUAAAGAUCGACUUGGACUAGAAAUUCGAAAAAUUUAUGGUGAUAAAUUACAGUUUAUAUUCACUAAUAUUGAUCCUAAGCAUCCUGAGAAUCCAUAUAUGUUUUCUCUGCGCCUGAAUGAAGCAAGGGACUACGAAGUGUCAGAUAGUGCUCCGUAUCUUGAACACCUAGCAGAAUUUCAAGAGAAUGUAAGGAAGACCAAUAAUUUUUCAGCUUUUCUUGCCAAUGUUCGGAAAACCUUUACUUCUGUGGUUUGUAAUUAAUGUAUAAAUAGUAUAUAAAAACUGUUUCUUUUUCUUUCCUAUCAUACCUUUUUAAAAAAACACCCCAUUAUCCAUUGUCUGCCUGUAAUACUUGUGUAUUUUUGUGACAUUUCUAUAUGGUGUAUUUCUUUAUUUUUGUUAGAAUCAUAGCAAAGAAAAUUUAUAAAGUUAUAUGUGUUCUUUUUUAUAUGAAAGAUAAUUAGUAUCCUGCAUGCCUUUUUUUCUUCCUUUCUUUUUAAAUGAUAGGCAUGGGUAAUUUAUUGUUAGCACUGGGAAUGGGAAUUUGUACAACAUGCACUAUCUUAGUGGUCUCAAAGCUGUUGAAGGUUAUGGACUAAUAAUAUUAAAAAAUUAAAAGGCUGGACCCAACCUAGGAUUGGCAAGUUUUAAAAUGUGA